UUUAAUAUGGUGCUUUGACCGGAAAGACUCUUUCCGUGCCUCGUAAAACUUGACAUGCAUUAGCCAGCUGGAUGGGCGGAAAGGGAGUCGGGCAAAGACAAACAUGAACAAGCUGAAGUCCUCCCAGAAGGAUAAAGUUCGUCAGUUCAUGAUCUUCACGCAAUCCAAUGAGAAGACUGCACUGACCUGUCUGUCGCAGAAUGACUGGAAACUAGACGUUGCCACGGAUAAGUUUUUCCAGAACCCAGAGCUCUACGUUUCAAACCUAAAAGGAGCCUUAGACAAGAAGAAGCUUGAUCAGCUCUACAACAGAUAUAGAGAUCCUCAUGAUGAUAACAAGAUUGGCAUCGAUGGGAUCCAGCAGUUCUGUGACGACCUGGCUCUGGACCCGGCCAGUAUAAGUGUCCUCCUCAUAGCCUGGAAGUUCAGGGCAGCGACACAGUGCGAAUUUUCCAAACUGGAGUUCAUGGACGGCAUGGCGGAACAAGGGUGUGACAGCAUAGAGAAGCUAAAAGCUCAGCUGCCAAAGAUGGAUCAAGAGUUAAAAGACCAAGGGAAAUUUAAGGACUUUUACCAGUUUACAUUUAAUUUUGCAAAGAAUCCGGGCCAGAAAGGUUUGGAUUUAGAAAUGGCAAUUGCAUAUUGGAAUUUAGUACUGGCUGGACGAUUCAAGUUUCUGGAGUUGUGGAACAAAUUUUUAGUUGAGCACCACAAAAGAUCAAUUCCUAAGGACACUUGGAACCUCUUACUUGACUUCAGCACUAUGAUCACUGAUGACAUGUCGAAUUAUGAUGAGGAAGGCGCAUGGCCUGUCCUUAUUGACGACUUUGUGGAGUUUGCACGACCACACAUCGGGACCAAAAGCACGGCAGUUUGAUGGCUGCUCUCACUAUGGGAACGUCCAUGGGAGGUUUCUAAAAAAAACGGAGUGCGCAGUGAACGGAGGACAAGAAGACAGCGCCGAGCUGAGAACUAUGUUGCCUUUUCAACCCUCAGGACUGAAAUAUUUUACACAACAGAGACUUUAUAUGUGUGUGUGUGUAAUUACAUAUAUAUAUAUAUAAAAAGGCAUAUCUUUGUUGGUCAACUUGUGGUGGUUUGGAUCUUUUAUCUUAAGUAUUGGGCCUUUUUGUGUGCGCUCAAGCCAACUAGAGGAGUCAUCAUCUUGACGUGAUUGGGCGCCGCUCAAAAGCAGAUAGAAAGACACACUUUCGAAUUGUUCUCUGGACAUGAGGGUUUGCCAGGGGAUGUUGUUCUUUAAAUAAUUAAUUUUAAUACUCUUGUGUGCAUUCCUGUUUUUGUUUUAUGAUACAUGUGUGCGACAAGUCAGUAUAAAACAUUGAUUGUAAUUUUUUUAAGCAUAAUGCUGUUUGUUUAAACACAAAUGUAUAAAGAUAAAAUAAAUGUUUCAAUUUGGUAUCUUUAAA